GACUUGGUGAUAACCCCACCUCAAUGGGUAAUUGCUCUUUCUCUGUCCCUAACGGCCCCUCCGAAGGAGCCAGUGCUGAUGUGCCGGUCCAACAACUACCCCAAGGGUUUCUACUGCAGCUGGCACCUGCCCACUCCCACCUACAUCCCCAACUCUUUCAAUAUCUCCGUCAUACAUGGCACAAAAGAGAUGGUCUGCGAGAAGGAUGUCUUUCCCAAAAACAGGUGUCACAUCAGAUACCUCCAGCUCUUCUCGACAGUGAAGUACAAGGUGACUCUGACAGUCACGAAUGCUCUGGGCAAAACCUCCACCACUCUCACCUUUGACGAGUUCGCCAUAGUAAAGCCGGACCCUCCGGAGAGUGUGGUGGCCAAACCCGUGCCCAACAACCCUCGGAGGCUGGAGGUGUCAUGGCAGAACCCCUCAUCCUGGCCUGACCCCGAAUCUUUCCCCCUCAAGUUCUUCCUGCGGUAUCGGCCCCUCAUCCUGGAUCAGUGGCAACACGUCGAGCUGUCAGACGGGACAUCACACACCAUCACGGAUGCCUAUGCUGGCAAGGAGUACAUCAUCCAGGUGGCUGCCAAAGACAACGACAUUGGCACGUGGAGUGACUGGAGUGUGGCCGUCCAUGCCACCCCCUGGACAGAGGAGCCCAAACAUCUCACCACGGAGGCCCAGGUCACAGAGACAACAAGCGCUAGCACCUCUUCUUUCAUGCCGCCCCCCACCACCAAGAUCUGCGACAAGGGGGCCGUGGUGGGCAGUGGGGCCGUGGCAGUGUGUUGGACAGCUGGACUGGUCUUGGCUGCCUAUGGUGCCCUCUUUAUUUAG